CGUGCCGCAGUUGUUCCUGUGUAGGCGGAGCUAAAUAAGAAGAGGUUUAUGAAGUAGGGGCAUAGAAAAAACACCCAGCAGCACCAAAUUCACGGCGGUAACGUGUUGGUUGAGCGGGGUCUCAAAGAGCCUUAUCUAUUAUUGAGAAGGCUCACAUGAAUAAACGUUAACUCCGCCCGUUUUUAAUCGCUAACGUUACGUCCGAGCGGUGCGGCUUAAUUAGCUAAAACAAAGCGGACCCUCAGAACAGUUCUAGCUAGUCUUCGCUUCAGUUACCGGUUAUAUUCCGUUUGACGAGGACACUUUUUGGAAGCAAAUGUUACUGUAAAUCUACACAGACGUCACAAAGGUAUCGGCUUAAGAUGGACCUGAGCUUACUUUUAAUAGCAGCAUUAUCAGCAGCCCUCAGUGGCAGCUUGGCACAGCAAGAUGGAAGCAUAUGCAUCAAGGCAAACGCGCAGUCAUGUGGGGAAUGCAUCCAGGUCUCUGAGAUCUGUGGAUGGUGCACAGAUGAAAAGUUCCUCUCAGAGGGCGAGUCCAAAUCAGCUCGCUGUGAUGAUGUGACCUACCUGAAGAAGAAAGACUGCAAAAAUAUUGAGGACCCCCGCGGCAGCACUGAAAUUACCCAGAACAAAGAUGUCACCGUUCGCAACAAGGAUGGGAACGUAAAACUCAAGCCUGAGGAGAUCACACAGAUACAGCCUCAGAAACUCAAAGUGACGCUCAGAUCUGGUGAGCCACAGACUUUUGACCUGAAAUUCAAGCGUGCUGAGGAUUACCCCAUCGACUUAUAUUACCUCAUGGACCUCUCGUUCUCCAUGAAAGAUGAUUUGGAAAAUGUGAAGAACCUUGGCACUGACCUCAUGAGGGAAAUGCGGGAGAUCACGUCAGACUUCAGGAUAGGUUUUGGCUCCUUUGUGGAGAAAACGGUCAUGCCUUACAUCAGCACCACACCUGCCAGGCUAAUCAACCCCUGUUCCAACAACGAGAACUGUACGAGCCCCUUCAGCUACAAGAACGUCCUGAAGCUCACCAGCAACGGAGACAGGUUUAACCAGCUGGUCAGUCAGCAGCAGAUCUCAGGAAACCUGGACUCUCCAGAGGGGGGGUUUGAUGCCAUCAUGCAGGUGGCAGUCUGUGAGGAGCAAAUUGGCUGGAGGAACGUGACUCGUCUGCUGGUGUUUUCCACUGAUGCUGGUUUCCACUUCGCUGGAGACGGCAAGCUGGGCGGCAUUGUCCUCCCCAACGAUGGGAAGUGUCACCUGGAAAACAACGUGUACAGUAUGAGCCACUACUACGAUUAUCCCUCUAUUGCUCACCUGGUCCAGAAGUUGAGUGAUCACAACAUUCAGACCAUCUUUGCUGUAACUGAGGAAUUUCAGCCUGUUUACCAGGAGUUGAAAAAUCUUAUUCCCAAAUCAGCUGUCGGCACGCUUUCCUCCAACUCCAGUAAUGUCAUCAAACUCAUCAUUGAUGCCUACAAUUCUUUGUCAUCUGAGGUGAUUCUGGAGAACAGCAAGCUGCCCGAGGGCGUUUCUAUCUCGUACAAAGCCUUCUGUAAAAACGGUGUGCGAGGAACAGAGGACAACGGCAGGAAGUGCACUAACAUCUCCAUUGGCGACGAGGUGUCUUUUAAGAUCUCUAUUGAAUCUCAGAAGUGUCCUUCAGGUGGCAAGCCUGAGGUCAUUACAGUGAAACCGCUGGGCUUCAAUGAGGAGGUGGCGAUAGAGCUCAAUUUCAUCUGUGACUGUGAAUGUGCCAAAAAGGGAGAGCCCAACAGUCCGAAGUGCCACGGGGGAAACGGGAUUUUUGAAUGUGGAGCCUGCAAAUGUAACGAAGGACGUAUUGGGCGUGAAUGUGAGUGCAGCAAAGACGAAGUCCGGUCAGACGACCUGGAUGCUAACUGCAGAAAACCCAACAGUACAGAUAUCUGUAGCAACAAUGGCGAGUGCCUCUGUGGCACCUGCGAAUGUAAGAAGCGGGAGAAUCCUGCAGAAGUCUACAGUGGCAAGUACUGUGAGUGCGACAACUUCAACUGCGACCGCUCUGGCAAUUUGCUCUGCGGAGGACAUGGACGCUGCGAAUGCAGGAAGUGCAUCUGUGACACCAACUACACAGGCAAUGCCUGUGAAUGUUCCCUGGAUGAAUCCACCUGCCUUGCCAAGAACGGGCAGCUCUGUAAUGGCCGCGGCAAAUGCGAGUGUGGAAUCUGCAAAUGCGAAGACCCCAAAUUCCAGGGUCCGACAUGUGAGGUCUGUCCGACCUGCCCCGGUGUCUGCACUGAGCACAAAGAUUGUGUGCAGUGCAGAGCGUUUGGGGAUGGCGAGAAGAAGGAGAUGUGCCAAAAGGAGUGCAGCUACUUCAACCUAAUAAAGGUGAAGGACCGAAAAGAUCUACCUCAGCCCACAGACCAGAGCUUCCCCCUGACCCACUGCAAAGAGAAGGAUGCAAACGACUGCUGGUUCUACUACACCUACGCCAUCACCAAGAAUUCCACCAAGGAAGUCUUUGUGGUAGAGAAACUGGACUGCCCGUCAGGACCUGACAUCAUCCCCAUCGUGGCAGGUGUGGUAGCGGGCAUUGUGCUCAUCGGCCUCGCACUGCUGCUCAUCUGGAAGCUGCUCAUGAUCAUCCACGACCGCCGAGAGUUCGCCAAGUUUGAGAAGGAGAAGAUGAAUGCCAAAUGGGACACGCAAGGGAACCCCAUAUACAAGAGUCCUAUUAACCAGUUCCACAAUCCCAGCUAUGGGAAUAAAGCCGCUGCCCUUUAGGGUGAGAAUCCGAUCUACAAAAGUGCCGUAACAACUGUCAUCAAUCCAAAGUACGAGGGCAAAUGAUGGAGCUUAGCCUACUUCGUGACAACACUGUAUGGAAAAGAAAGCGGGAGGGGCGGGUUUUAUAAUGCUCACUGUUUUUGUUUGUCUGUUUGUUGUUGUAGCCACCAAAUAAUAGCAUUGCAUUUUGCGGCUCCGUUCUAUUAACUUUUGAUCUUCUAUGCAUCAUCUGUAAUUUGUACAGUAUGUAUAAACGUGUGGUUUUUACGUUUUGGUUUUGUUGAGAGAAUUUUUUUUUGUUAAAUAGAAGCCAUCAGUGUUUCGAUGAGCGGUUGAAAUGAAUGUUGAUAAUGGACAGUAAAGGAAGGGUUUCUUUCCAAAUUAGCGUGCAUGCAUACAGUGCAGAGUAGGAGGCAAUCAGUGUUUCAGAAACAGGCAUACAAAAGUUUUACUGUGUCUUUAAUCAUUUUCAAUGAGUGGGCGUCUCUUUGGAUCGAGCCCUUCAGAUGUAGUGCCGGGUUUGGCAGCAGCGGGGUGUGUACAGGAAGUGUUUUUUUUCUUUUCUUUUUGUUUUCCUGUGUUCUGUGUAAAGCCAUACAUGUAUUCACAGAACAGAGCUGGGGGUGAUGGUAUGUUUGUUUUCAAAGUGACAUAAUCCGUCUGAACAAUCAUUUUUAUUAAAUGUGUCUUUGUGGAGAAAAGAUUUUCUUGGGUUGCCUUACCUGAUGAAGGGCAGCGGUGUACAGUAGUCUUACUGUUCAGCUCCAGGUUUUACUUGCUUAAUUUAAAGCCAACUCAGGUCCUUUUAUUCUUCUCAGCAAUGCCAAAUACACACAAUUCUGCCUUAUUUGCUGACUAAAUUUGCUUAUAUUGUUUUUAUUUGUACAAUGUGAAUGGGGGGCAAGUGUCCUGUUUUACAUCUGAGUUACUACACUUAACUCUUUCAGAGGUGCCUCGAUCAAACGUGCUUAAUUAAAAAGAAAUGGGGAUGAUGAAAAAAAGAGGAUUGAUAAGAGAACUUUUGGAAGGCUACGCCUGUCAUCAACGUUUAAGUGCCUUUGUUGAUUUCUCCAUCACAUUCACAAUUGCGAUUCUGUUUUCUGGAAUUAUUUAUUGAAUAAACCCCUAAAAAAAGAAAAUGGA